GUUGCUUUUAUACAGUUGGCAGAUGUGUGGUCAUGUGGAGUUAUUCUCUAUUUUAUGUUGGUGGGGGCAUACCCUUUCGAAGACCAAGAGGAUCCAAGGAAUUUGAGGAAAACAAUUCAGCGAAUAAUGGCAGCUCAAUACAAAAUUCCAGACCGUGUUCAUAUAUCACAGGACUGCAGGCACCUACUCUCUCUCAUAUUUGUUGCAAAUCCGUCCAGGAGAAUCACAAUUAAGGAAAUCAAAAAUCAUCCUUGGUUUUUAAAGAACUUGCCAAGAGAGCUGACAGAAUCAUCUCAGGCCGUUUAUUACCAGAGGGAUAAUCCAACCUUUUCCCUUCAAACUGUGGAUGAGAUAAUGAAAAUCGUGGCAGAAGCAAGAAGUCCACCUCCAUCAUCUACACGAGUCAAGGGCUUCAACUGGGGGGCACAAGAGGAAGAUGAAGAAGAUGUGGAGGCCAACGUGGAAAUAGAAGAUGAUGAAGAUGAAUAUGACUAGAGGGUCAAGGAAGUUCAUGCUAGUGGAGAAUUCCAUAUCAGUUAAGGUAGCAUUAUAUUGUCCAAUUAUAUCAUGCAAUAAAGGACUCAGAGCCUUUGGUGUGGCUCAAACUUUUGAUAGAUAUCCUUUUUAAAAGAAUAUGUUAUAAAAGUCUUUUUUUAGAAGUAAAAAGUGUUUGAUAAUAUUUUUUACAAAAGUACUUUUAGAAUGAAAAGUUGUUUGGUAA